AUGAAUAGAAAACGGGAAUCAGACGAUUUGACGAAUUUGAAUGAAACAAAAAAGAAUAAAUUACAUAUAAUUAGUGACGACAGAGAAACUGUUGAUCGAUCCAAAUUGCUAAUGACGACAAGUGGUGACAGUAAUGAUGGUUUGUUACAAAGAUUUGACACCUCACUUACACCAUCGAGUAAUGGAUCAGCAUUAAACGAGAGAAGUUUGUUAAAUCUUGCAAUUAUAUCAAAGCUAGUAAAUCAAACAGUCCCAUGUAAUCGAAAACGACGACCGCGUAUAUUAAACAAUGCAAAUAUCAAUGCAGUCAUUUCAUUAAAUAAUACAACAUUAGCUCAAGAAAGUGUGACAGUUAAUCGAAAAAAAUCUGAUUUAUUGUGUGUAGUAUGCAGUGGUCAAGCUCAUGGUUACAACUUUGAUGCAAUCAGUUGUGAAUCAUGCAAAGCCUUCUUUAGACGAAAUGCUCUUGUUAGUCUUGAACGAUUGAAAUGUCGACGAGAUGAUUUAUGUGAAAUUACAACAGAAACAAGACGUCGUUGUAAAUCUUGUCGACUUAAAAAAUGUUUUUCAGUUGGAAUGCGAAAAGAAUGGAUACUUACUGAAGAAGAAAAACAGAACAAAAAACGACGAAUUGAAGAAAAUCGUCGAUUACGAAUUUCUAAUGAUCUUAAUCAAGAUAAUCAAUAUCAAUUAGAUGAGAAACGAAUAUCUAAUAUGUCGAAUCACGAAACAGUGACAUCUAGUCCUCAUGUUGAAUUAUAUGAAGAAAAACAAGAUCAAUUAUCGUCAACGUCUAAUUUAGAUAUUUUAAUAAAUGUUCAGAUAGCCUAUUGUCAAUGUUUCAAAUUGAAUACGACUGAGGAUAGUUUACCGUUGUAUCCGUUAACAAAAAAGCUUACUGCUAUUUGUCAGAUACUAAAUGUUAAAAAUAUUACAGCAUUAAGAUUAAUUAAUUUUUAUAAGAAAAUGCGUGAAUUUCAAUUGUGUGCUGAAGAAGAUAAAGUCACAUUAAUUAAAUAUAAUUUACCAUGUAUCUUUUUUGUACACGCCGUAUUGGGAUAUGAUCCACUAUUGGAUAGAUAUAAUGAAGAUACUAAACAUCAUAUUGAUGGUAGAGAUAUUUUAUUAUCACAUGGUCUUGAAACAUAUUCUAAAAUAACAAAGUUAAUGACCACAUUACGAUCAAUUGUUGAAUUAGAUCAGAUUAUUGUCCAAUUAGCUUUAGUUAUUAUGUUAUUUUGUAAAGGAUUUUCAGCAAGUCAGACGGUUGAACCAAUUUUGACUGAUCCUUUAAAAGUAUUUAGAGCACAAAAUUUAUACAUUGAACGAUUAUGGAGAUUUUUGGACGAUCGUUUCGGUGAUAAAACAGCGACAACAAUAUUUACAAAAUUAAUUACCCAAUGCCUAGUUAUACAAAUAAUAUCGAGAGAUACUCGAUCAGAUAUAGUAGAAAAAGUAAAUCCAUACGACGUAUCUCCAAUAAUGCGGUCAAUAAUGCAGUUAUCGUAA